UUCUCAUAGGACACCAAAAGCUUUUGUUACUUUAUGCUCAAUGGAGGGUCCUUAGUUUUUUUUCUCUUUCUCUCUCUUUUCUACUCGCAACCAAAGUUUCAGUCACUCAUCUUCUUCUUCACCCUUUCUGAUCCGCUGAUUGUUCAGGGUAUACAAAAUUGGGAGCUUUUGGAUUGAAUUGGGAUGUCACCGCCGGUGCUGGGCAUGGGGGAGGAGGGUAAAAGCAAUGUCACUUUGUUGGUUUCCUCAACAACAAGGGAAAGUGUGUGCCUCAAGAACUUAGAAUUAAAAGAACGCAAUUACAUGGGAUUAUCUGAUUGUUCUUCUGUGGACAGCUCAGUUCCAUCCUUCUCAGAUGAGAGUAAAAGUAAGCUGAACAUGAAGGCCACAGAACUGAGGUUGGGGCUUCCAGGAUCACAGUCUCCUGAAAGAGAUUCUGAUUUUUGCUUAAGAAGCUCAAUUCAAUUUGAUGAAAAACCUCUGUUUCCUUUGCGUCCUUCGAUUGAUGAUCACCAUUCAUCAGCAAAGACUGCUCUAUUGGGCAACAAAAGAGGGUUCUCAGAUGCCAUGAAUGGGUUCUCAGAGGUAAAAAUACCAAUUUACUCGAAGGACAUGUACAUUUCAAAAACAUUAGUUGAGCCAAACACUAAAAAUACCCAAUCUAUCAUGCAGGGGAAAUUCCUAGUUAAUUCGGAGGCCAAUCCAAUACUGUCACCCAGGCCUUCUUCUAACUUAGGAUUAAAACCUGGUUCUACGCUUGAGAAUGUUGGGGCUCAACCAGCCAAAAUGAAAGAAGUAGUAAUGCCGAAGGCAGGACUUGAGAGGCCUCAUGCUGUCAAUGAAACCAUACCAAGUCUUAAUGAUUCUGCAAAUAAUAAUAACAGUGCACCAGCUACCAAGGCUCAGGUUGUGGGGUGGCCUCCUAUAAGAUCGUUUAGGAAAAAUUCAUUGGCAACUAAUUCAAAGAACACCGAAGAAGUUGAUGGAAAAGGAGGGUCUGGUGGUGCACUGUUCGUUAAGGUCAGUAUGGAUGGUGCUCCCUAUUUAAGGAAAGUAGACUUGAAGAAUUACUCUACUUAUCCAGAAUUAUCUUCUGCACUAGAAAAGAUGUUCAGCUGUUUUACUAUAAGUAAAUGUGGAUCUAAUGGAACUUUGGGUGGAGAAAUACUUAAUGAAACCAAGCUGAAGGAUCUCCUUCAUGGAUCAGAAUAUGUUCUUACUUAUGAGGACAAAGAUGGCGACUGGAUGCUUGUGGGUGAUGUUCCCUGGGAGAUGUUUAUUGAAACAUGCAGGAGGCUGAGGAUCAUGAAGAGUUCUGAUGCCAUUGGUCUAGCUCCCAGGGCUGUUGAAAAAAGUAAGAGCAGGAACUAGACAAUAUCACUCGUUCCACUCUAUCCAUCUAACUGUCUAAGGGAUUAAAAGCUACUGGGCUAUUUAGGGGAGAAAAUCAAAGAGAUGAUUACUUGGAGGCGAGGACUGAAGGCAUUUUGGACUGGAUAGAUAUUCAUACUAAGCUGCCUUAAUCCUUGUAUUAUUUGCUAUGUCUGUUUUUUGUUGUCAUGGCGUUCAUGUUUGGUAAGCUUUUUAUGAUUGUUAAAACUUCUGAAACUCCAAGACUUGACUGUGGGAGUACCUAUAUUCUAUGUACGCGAGUUCAUUCUGUGGUCGAAGGAUCUGUAAUGUGUAAACUUUACAGCGUACCUUCAAUUGAGUCUCUUUAUGUUUGUGUGAUAAAAAAUCAAGAAGCUGUAUGUCAUUGGCCUUGUACUGUUUAAAUGUUAUU